AUUCACCGAUAGUUUGGACUUCGUUCAUAUCAAAGUUUUGGACUUACGAAGGAAUGCGUGACAGAUAUUCUGUGCAAUAUAGCAUCGCCUUUGUAGCGGUGAAUGAGCAAAUGGUUAAUGUGAUAUGUUUCAGAAAUUUUAGAAUGUCAGACUCUAGGAUUGUUGAAUGCACAGAAAGUUACAGCAGGCAAUCCGAACGCUUUCAGACAGAUUCAGCUGGAGUGAGGGUGACCACUACGUGCAUCUGAACGAAGGUUCUAAGUUAUCAUCUGACAUAGACCUGCAUCUGGAUUGGAUCCUGAAGUUGUUUGAAGAACUGCGGGCCAGAUAGAAAUCGAUAGAAUUCGGGUGCUUCACACCCGUGGGAUAUCAUGGACGUGCAUUUGAAGGAAAUUUUUGGUAGUUUCAGUGAUCAAUUUGGUGUAGGCCGAGGAUCGGACUUGCUGAAAGUGAAGGGCAUCACUACACCUCUGCUCGAAUGUGUCUUCAGAACGAUCGCGGAGUUGUGGCGUUCAGCUCCGUGGAGACGGCUAAACUCUUCCGAUCUGCUGGGAGUCAAAAUCGGUAAAGCUUCGGACUGGAGUCCUCUGGAGCGGCAGCCUUUCAAAUGUGCACGAUUCUUGGGUGCCGGAAGUAAGGAUCUGGGGGUGGACCUUCUGAGAUCCGAGCAAGAUGCUGUGGGGCCGACGGGAAAGCCCACGAAGGCCAUCCCGGUGAAUGGACUUCUACGAAUCACCUUCGGAGGAGAAACGGAUUUAUUCCCCACCGCGCGAAGAAUGAUACGGUCCCUGGGUCUGGAAAUUGCAGGCCCCAGUGCUUUCCCCGCCGUCGAAGUAAUACUUCCCACGAAGUCCAAAUCUCUAGUCGAUAGAAAAUACUCCUCGUACCGCACUCCUCAUGUGCUCGAGCUGAAAUGGCUGAUUGCCUGCCUCAAAGCUCUCACACAAGUACAUCCCCAGCUCCAAAAGAUUGGGAAAUUCGGAGGCUCGAACAAAUUUGACGACCUUCUGCAGAAUGUUGAGAUUUCUCUCCCGAGCCCUGGCGAGGAAAACUCAGUCCCCGACGACGGGCCAUCUAUCACUGUCCGGGUGACAUAUCCUCCCAAGGUCACAUUCGACUUCAUCCCCAAAUUGGACGAAACCGACGACCGUGAUUCCUGCUCGGCUCUUUUACUCUCCCGUCAAUGCGUGAGCUGCAUGAAAGAGCUGCCGGCAGAUGGAGCUCCGAGAUGCGGCAGCUGCAAGGCUGUCUAUUACUGCGGCAUGGCGUGCCAGAAGAAGGACUGGAAGGAGAUUCACAAGGAUGAGUGCGCGCAGUAUGAGAAGAUGAUGGAGCGGGCGGCGGAGCUGGAAAUCAAGGAGUUGUCGUUCCCGGUCCUCGACUCCGAACGAUCGUGCCGGUGGCUGGAUCAGAUGGGGCUCCAUGGCAAAGGGAUGUGGAGGAGAAUCUGCAAGUGCUACCACUCGUGCCCCUUCGGUCACCUCCCUCUCGAAAGCUUGGUCGGCGGCUGGGCUCACACGGCGGCUUGGGGGCUCGAGCACGGGAGCUACCCUCCCGAUGCACCACUGAAGAUUCAAGAGCGACAAAUCAGCAGCAGCCAAGGCAGCUCGAAUUCCAGUGGCACGCACAGCGGCGCAAACAGCAGCGAGGGCAAAUCCGGAGGACGGCCUGCAGCUGCGAGCGCAGCCGAAGGCGGCGGGGCCGGCUCGGGAUCGAAGAUGAACUGCAAGCUGGAAGGGAGCCCGGUGAGCAGCGUGAGCAACGGGGGGAGGAGCAACGGGACCAUGUCCAGCGAGGGCAGCAGCGGGACGAGGUGCAACACGUAUGGGAGCGAGAGGAGCACCGGCAGCGAUGGAUCCAGUCUCUCGAGCUGGGUCGAUUACUACCAUCUGCGGAGCUUGACAUUUUUCAGCCCAGUGGCCGCCAUUUUGACUUACCCACUCACGGUCUACAACAUCGUCACCAGCAUUUGCGCCUCCUCGAAAACGAUUCUCGCCAAGCACAAGGAGGUUACCAUCCACUAUCUUGGGCCCCAGGGGGAGCUCGACUGGCUGCCUGCAUUUGCCGAGGUGGGCCAUCUGCUCAGUGCAUUUCACAGUGGCAGCCUGCAUAUAGUUAUGGUUGGGCCCGAGGUUCCGAACUCUCUGUCGGGGGAGGCCACGGGCCUGGGGAAGAAACUGAGGAUCACGUACGUGCAAGGGCUGUAUCAGGAGGAAGCGACUGCCUUGUUCCCACCCAAUCUGGUGGUGGCUCUCAAUGCCGGGCUCGAUCGCUCCGGGACCUGGGCUGGUGAUUUGAACAUUAUAAAGCAGCAGGCGGUUCCCACUUAUUUCACCGAUUAUGCCGAGUCCUGCUGCUUGAACGCCAAGCAGGUGUUGCUUGCUGCCGAGCUCCCGUUGACACAGCCCAUUGUUCCGAAUGCGUUCAGAUCUCCUGUAAGAGCUCACGUUCCUUUCACCGAUGUGCCUUGGUUCACCAAUGGCUUCCUAUUUGGAGUCAACACCUGACACCUUGGUGACAGUCUCGAUCUGUGAUCUGGGUACCGUUAGUUCCUGGUAGUCCCCUUGUGAGUUGGCACUUAAAUUAAUCUUCAAUAUGUAUAAAAUACAUUGCGUAAAAACCUACAAGCUCAAAAUCAUUUCUGAAUUCAACAUAGUAAGUACCAUGCAUUAGCUCCUGUUUUCCUGUAGUCAUUAUUUUAUACUCUACUUUCAAAACUAUUCAUUCAGAUUUCUACCCCUAAAAUUUGUCUUUAUGACAUCGCAC